CCAGCCCCGGGCGAGCCCCUGCUGCCUCUGCUGCCUCUGCCCUCUGCGCCAGACCACGCCGCCGUGCACCACUAUCCCCUGCUCCACGGACAGUGGCUGAUUGGUGGACAUUCUCCACCGACAGGACUGUCCCCCUCUUCGACAGUGGAGUUGGUGCCCAUUUUCCCACACGUCUGCCCUUCUGCUCUGCCAGCUCGUGUUGGGAGAAGUUGGAUAGACAAAAGGAUGCCUAACUGUAAGAUUUUUGUGAAUAACUCCUUUGCUCUGGACUCCACGUGGAUACACCCUGGGGACUCGGGUCUGCUCCACCUGCUGGAGAAGCCUCCUGUGCUGGAUCAAGUGGCUCUGACUCUGUCCAGGCCCAUUGCUGCCUCCAGGCCUCGUCCUGCUGUGGUGCUAGGGCCUCAGCCAAUGCCAGGUGGUUGCCAUAACAGCCUUAAGCCGAUCAGCAACAGUCCCACUAUCGCCAUCGCAGCCGCCGCUGCAGCCGCUGCCGCCGCUAUGGUCUCCGUGGACCCUGAGGGACUCCGGGGUCCGUCCCCCGCCAGCGUGCAGCCCUGCCACUUCCUGACAUUGGCGCCCAUCAAAAUACCGCUCCUGACGGCCCCCUUCUCAGAUAGAAGCAAAGAGCUCAGCCGAGCGCCCUGCCCCCCAGCCCUGAUGCUGCACAGCGCAGAGAGCAAGAGCCCGGCCGGAGUCGAGGAGGACAAGGAGCCUCCAUCCAUGCUGGAGAGUGGGGAGGACAGCACCCCAAAAGGCAACAGACCUGUGGCCUCCACCCCGGUGCCUGGAUCCCCCUGGUGCGUGGUCUGGACGGGCGAUGACCGGGUCUUCUUCUUCAACCCCACGAUGCAGCUGUCCGUCUGGGAGAAGCCGGUGGACCUGAAGGACCGCGGGGACCUCAAGAGGAUCAUCGAGGACCCCCCCCACAAGCGCAAGCUGGAGGCCUCAGCAACUGAUAGCAGCGAUGGAUCCAGUUCGGAAGAUGGCAGGGAAUACCAAAGUGUGAAAACCAAGAGGAAUCGGACUGAAGGCUGCGGGAGUCCCGGGCCUGAGGAGCCACAACCAGAGGACAGAGGCACACGGACACCGCCCCCCCAGAUUCUGCUGCCCCUGGAGGAGCGUGCGACCCACUUCCGAGACAUGCUCCUGGAGAGAGGGGUGUCAGCGUUUUCUACUUGGGAGAAAGAAUUGCACAAAAUUGUGUUUGACCCGCGCUAUCUCCUGCUAAACUCUGAGGAGCGGAAACAGAUAUUUGAACAGUUUGUCAAGACGAGGAUAAAAGAAGAAUACAAGGAAAAAAAGAGUAAGUUGCUGCUCGCCAAAGAAGAGUUCAGAAAGCUCCUGGAGGAGUCUAAAGUGUCACCCAGGACCACAUUUAAGGAGUUUGCUGAGAAGUAUGGUCGGGAUCAGAGGUUUCGACUUGUUCAGAAAAGAAAGGAUCAGGAGCAUUUCUUCAACCAAUUUAUACUGAUCCUUAAGAAACGGGACAAAGAAAACAGACUAAGGCUACGGAAAAUGAGAUGAGUCUGUGGAAAAUUCCGUAAGACCGCGGGCAGCUGAGAGCGUGGUGAGGGGCCAGGCAUGGAGCACGGCCGGCGGGGGCCUCCGCGUGGCUGGGGACCGAGGCCUGGGGCUCCUUCUCAGAGGAUUACUGUUUCAUAUUGAAGCUCUCUUUUGUACCACAUUCCGAGUUUGACGCAUUUCUAAUUGCCAUGAUGCUGUUGAUUCCUUCAUUGUUUUAAUUAUGCAAAUUUACUUGUAAUAGACACAGCUUAUAAGCCCACUGCAGGUUUGUAACAAGGAGAAACCAUCUAUAAUAAUCUUGGGGUGUUUUCUUCAUGGAAAAGAUUACCUGGGACUUCCGGGCACCUUGGCAAGUUGCUCCGCCCUGUGGGGGGUCUCUGUGGCAGGAAGUCCCCUCGCUCCAGCGCACCGUGGUCUCUGUCUCAUUUCUGAGUAGUAGAAUAGGGUCUCAUCGCUCAUCAUAGUGACAAGAGAACAUUCCACACGUGGGCCCCGCACCGCCUGCGGUGGCCACAGGCGACUGCCCAUUCUUCCCUGAGGGGGUCCAGGCCAGAGGCAAGGAGCCACGCUGGCCGUCCGUCAGAGGUCCUACGACAGAGAAUUAUUUUGUACAAAAUCAUCAUAUUAAUAUUUGAGUUAUUUUUAUUGUAUGCCCAGAGUUUGCAUGAGAUUUUUCUCAUCAUCUUUGUAUAAAAAUUUUAAAUUUUUUUUAAUCAAUAAAUAUUUUAAGCCAG